UAAAUUAAAUAUCAUUAAUGAUAAAUAUAUAUAUAACUAUUUACAGUAUAUUAAAUUAUAUAAUAAAGUUAUUCAACUAAAUAAAACAUAAUAUCACAAACACCCAAGUAUAAAUAUAAAUAAAUAUAAAAAAUGAACUCUCAUUCAAACUCACAACAAGCACAUCUUCAGCAACAACAAGUGUACUCACCAAUAGUACUAACAUCAACACAUAGGCAAGAUGUACAGGAAAAAUAUCAGUUUAGUUACGAAAUUGGUUCUGGUACAUAUGGUAUGGUUUAUAAAGCGGAUGAUAAAAAAAGACCAACAAAUAAGGUGGCUGUAAAAAAAUUUAGAAGUACAAAAGAAGGUGAAGGUUUAUCUUUAACUGCAUAUAGAGAAAUUGGAUUAUUAAAAGAAUUAUCAAACGAAAAUAUAAUUAAAUUAUUAGAUGUUUGUUUAAAUCCCAAAGAUAAACUAUUAUAUUUAAUUUUUGAUUAUGCAGAAUUUGAUUUAUUUGGUAUAAUAAAAUAUCACAGAGAAAAUCAAUCACAUUUUUCAGAUGUUACAAUAAAAUCCUUGAUAUGGCAGGUUUUAAAUGGUAUGCAUUAUUUACAUAGUAAUUGGGUAAUCCAUCGUGAUUUAAAACCAAGUAAUAUUUUAGUAAUGGGUGAGGGUAAAGAAGUUGGUACUGUAAAGAUUGGUGAUUUUGGUUUAGCUAGAAUUUUUCAAUCACCACUAAAACCAUUAAAUGAAAAUGGUGUAGUAGUAACCAUUUGGUAUAGAUCCCCAGAACUAUUACUUGGAUCAAAACAUUAUACAAGAGCAGUUGAUAUUUGGGCUAUAGGAUGUAUUUUUGCAGAAUUAAUUACAACUAAACCACUAUUCCCAGGUAAAGAAAAAGAUCCUAAAAUACCAUCACUCUUCCAAGACGAUCAGGUGGAUAAAAUUGUUAAAGUUUUAGGUAAACCAACAUUAGAAAUGUGGCCUGAUGUCAAACAUUUACCAGAAUGGAAAAGGAUUUCAAAUAUGGAACCAUACCCAAAUACUUUAGCAAAAUGUGUGGGAAUCGACGAAAAAAGCAAUGCAUACGACUUACUAUCAAAAAUGAUACUAUAUGAUCCAUCAAAAAGAAUAACUGCCUCAGAAGCAUUAGAUCAUCCAUAUUUUAAAGAACAACCAUUACCAAUGGCAAAUGCUUUUGCAAAAUCACCAAUACCCUACCCACAUAGAUUACCAAUAAAUAAGAAAAAAAGAGAAUUUGACGAUUAA